AUGCAGAAAAGGAAUCAACGGAUUCAUGUGAUACCGGAGAAGCCACUUCUGCAGAGGUCUAGUGGCACUGGCACUCCAGCUGAAUUGUUAGGGAAUCAGGUGGAAACGACAAAUUGGCAGGAAUUACUUGGAAUUUACUCUGGGUUGUUACAAGAUGAGACGACCUGUAAUGGGCAUCAGAAUGUCAGUCCAAUUCGAUUCGUGGAUCUAAAUAACGAGGAGCAUGACCACCAAGAUGUUGAUGCAGUUGAGAGGUUCAUUGGCUUUAAUCAUAGCGCUGGAAACUUUGGCUCCAGUGUGCAGAAUUUGCACAAUGAUAGCCUUGUUUGGAAUGUUAAUCCUUUAACAGAAUUACCUGGGAUGAGGAAUGCUCUAUAUGCUUCUGCCAUAAAUGAUGCACCAAUGGAAAAAACUCGUGUUGUGGAUAAGCCUACAAUUCUCCAUCCAGAUUCUCGAGUUGAAAGGAACUGGAUGGGGCACAAAGCUACCAGUUUGAUACUUCAGCAAAAUCAUGCUUUGCACUCAAACCAAGAUAUCAGUGGUUACAACCGACUAAAUCUGCCAAAUGAUUUUUUUUCAGUCCCCUGGCGGCUCAAUUAUAACCUGAAUUUACCCCCAAGAUCAGAAGCUGGUGAAUCCUCAAGUGCACCCAGCUCCUUCAAAUCAGCGCCAGGAACACCAGAUGAGCAAAAGCAGUUGAAGAGCUCGCAGCUAGCUGGAGUACCACAUUUUUUAGUAGACAAAAUCUCGAGCCCUGAAAAAGAUAAGCAAGAGAAUGUCAAAAUAUCUCAGCCACCCAGAGAUGUUUUUCCUGAGGUAGCGGCAGUACCACAUUUGUUGAUAGGCACAAUCUCAAGCCCGGAAAGAGACAAGCAGGAAAAUGUCCAAAUAUCUCAACUACCUGAAGAUGUUCAGGAAAAACAUGAUGAACAUUUGAACAGACUAGACUCAUCAUCUGCAGCCAUUACAACAUCACUUCAGGAGAAGAACAUUUCUGAUGACAAAAAUUAUGGGGGAAUUGAUCUGAACAAGACACCACAGAAGAAACCGCCCAAAAGAAGAAAACACCGGCCAAAGGUAAUUGUGGAACGGAAACCCCAAAGGACUCCAAAACCUGCUCCUGUGAACAAUAAUACUCCGAAAGGAAAUACUUCGGGAAAAAGGAAAUAUAAACCCAAAAAGGACAUCAAGACCUCUACUCAACUGACUGAUGCAAAAAAUAAGGUCAAAGUUGUUAAUCUUAGCUCUGCAGCAAAACCAUGUAGGAGAGUGUUAAAUUUUGAAUUGGAAAAUGGAGUUGAAAAGGAAAGCAAGGAAGGAACAGGUGGUAACCAGGCAGAGACCAAUAAUGAAAAUAAGUUGCCUUUCAAUUUGAAUUUAGAGAAACCUGAAACGGAGAAUUUAUAUUCUUCCAUCCGCUCUGUAGAUCAAAUCCAGGCACAAGUGUCAUUACCUCUUGCAUCUGUAGUGCCACCAACUACAGCGAAGGACAGGACUUUGAAUGUGAUAGCAAGGAUUUUGAAUAUGCGAAAUGGCAAAACAAACCAGAGAGGCAGCCAGAGUGGGUACAAACAGGUAAAUCAAUGCAUCAGUGGAGGAGUAGCCCAGCUUGUUAUCCAAGCAAAUGCCACUAAAGCAAAGCUUGAUAGAGAAAGGCAAUUGAUGCUACAGAGUAGGUCUCAACUUCUAGAAGAUUUGGUGGAUAUAACUGAGGAACGAGGAUCAAAGAGAGAAUAUUCCGACACUCAGCCGACAAAUCCUGAAAUUUUCAAGACAGGCUCUCAACUAUUGUGCCAUAGAGUUUCUAAGACAGGCCAGCAUAGCAGUGAUAGCUGCAACUUAUGGCAAUUAAGUUCAGAAAUUUAUAAGAAAAAGAAGGUCGAGGGUAAAUUUGAUGGAACCUCACCCAGCUUGCCCUCAUGUAUUACAGCUCUUAAAGAUUGCUCAAGGCGGGUUGAAGGAAGAGGCACUGACAGUGUCCAUGAAAAUAGUUCAAUAUCACACCUGAAUUAUGGAUUACAAAAACCUGAGCUUGAACGAAAAAACAUCGACAAAAAGUCAAACAAUGUAGUCGGCAAGGUCACAAGUGAGAUUCAGCAGCAAAAUACUUUAUCUCAAGUGCAUUAUACAGAACAAAUUGCACAUAAGAAAUUCCAUCAAACCACUGAAGCAAAAUAUGUCAACAACCAGACUGCUAAUUGGAAUCUGAAGGAUCCAUCCCAGAGAGACCCUAUAUCAAAUCAAGAAAAUCAAAGUAUAACUUCUCCUGCUCCUUUGUCUGUGAAAAAAAAGACCACUGGACCAGCAUUCUCCGGCCAAGCAUUCAGUAUGGACAAAGUGUUAAAGCAAGAAGGCAAGAGUGCACGAGGCUACCAAUAUUCCACCAAAGAAAUUUCCGGCUCAUUAGAGGAACAGAGACAUAUAACUUCAAUUGAUGAAAUUACAGAUCGUUUUGAAGAUCUACACAUCGCUAAUAAUGGCAAGGAAAUUGUAGGGGCAGAGCACAGUGCACUUGUACCAUACAAAAGAGACGGUGUGAUUGUUCCACAUGCGGAAUUCAAUCCACUCAGGAAACACAAGCCACGGCCAAAAGUGGAUCUCGACCCUGAGACUAACAGAUUGUGGAACCUUUUGAUGGGGAAGGAAGGAAGUGAAAGCACAGAAACGAUGGAUGAGGAAAGAGAAAAAAGGUGGGAAGGGGAAAGGAAAGUGUUCCAUGGACGAGUAGACUCAUUCAUUGCACGGAUGCAUCUUGUUCAAGGAGAUAGAAGGUUCUCCAAAUGGAAAGGAUCCGUAGUAGACUCAGUAAUAGGGGUGUUUCUCACACAGAAUGUGUCGGAUCAUCUUUCAAGCUCCGCCUACAUGUCUCUUGCAGCCAAGUUCCCUCUCCAAACGACAACCAUCAGGCCAACAUGCUACCAAAAUGGUGGAAGUCCAUUGGUUGAAGGACAGGUUCAAAUAAAGUAUCCUGGCCGAAACAAAAUUUAUGACCACAGAAUGAUAAGGCACCCAGUAUACAACUUCAGCUCCGUAACAUCCAGGCAAUCACGUGAACACGGGGCAGAAAAUGACAAGACGGGAACAACGAGAUUUUUAACCAACGUACAUGACAGAAGAAAAGAGGAAGAUGGCAUGUCAUCACAAAGUUCUACGGAAACCUUCUUUUUUCUAGCCACUGAUUCAGAAUUUGAAGAUCAAAUAAAUGGAUGCAAUUUCAGAAAAAAAUAUAGUGCUAAUUCUUUCCAACAGGCUGAAAGAAUCACAGCAUUCCAGGAAUAUCAGUAUCGAGUGACAGGAAGUUCAUUUCCAGAUAAGAGACCCUUGCUUGGUAAUCAGCAAUUAGAAAAUCCAGUGACUUAUGGGCAAAAUCUGAAACUGGAUAUUGGUAGUGUACCACAUGCUUAUCCUUUCACUGCUGACGCGAUGCAUCAUCAGACACUUGUUCCUCUGUCCAGUAAUUAUCAGUUCAGCAUGACUACAGACUUGGAAGAAUGGGAAGCACGCUUCCUUGGACUUUCAGAGAAAGAAACCAUGUCUUCUAUGACUUCAACAGCUUUUGAAAUAACCCCGGAAACCAGUGCAGGACAUACACAGGAUUGUGUAGGACCACGUGCAGACAGUAGUUUCAUCACCCAGCAGACCAGAAUACCAACAUUUCAAGAAUCAAGAGUGGAUCAUACAAUUUCAAGCAUGCACCAGGAACAGCAAAUUAGUUUACCAGCAGGGUCCCAUACCAUAAAGGGUCGACGUUCCAUCGACUCUAACCAAGAACAGAGGAAUGAGACAUUUCAGCCAGGAAGAAUCUUUGUGACAGAACCCAAUAGACAUGCUGAAGUGCUCAGUGAAAAGCCAAGCGAUAAUCUGAAACACCUGGCAAAUGGAACUAAAGCAAAAGGAUUCGAGCAAGUCUCUUCUUUGAGUGAACCAUCCAAUCAGAUAGGUACCAGAACCUCAAAUGUAAGAAAGAGAAAGGUUGAAAAGGAAAAGAUGGAAGCAUUUAAUUGGGAUAGCUUGAGAAAGCAGGUUGAAUUGAAUAUUGGACAACAAGAAAGAAGCAAGGACGCAAUGGAUUCUCUGGACUAUGUAGCAUUAAGAAAUGCUAAUGUUCGUGAGAUUUCUGAAACAAUAAAGGAAAGGGGAAUGAACAACAUGCUAGCAGAGCGAAUUAAGGAUUUUCUGGAUCGACUGGUUCGAGAACAUGGAAGAAUCGACCUAGAAUGGUUAAGAUAUGUUCCACCAGACAAAUCCAAAGAUUACCUAUUAAGCAUACGAGGACUGGGGCUAAAGAGUGUGGAAUGUGUACGCCUCUUAACACUUCAUCAUCUUGCUUUCCCAGUUGACACAAAUGUUGGACGAAUUGCUGUGCGACUUGGAUGGGUUCCUCUCCAACCACUUCCUGAAUCACUUCAAUUGCAUCUCCUUGAACUAUAUCCAGUGCUGGAAUCGAUACAGAAAUAUCUUUGGCCCAGACUCUGUAACCUGGAUCAGAAAACCUUGUAUGAACUACACUAUCAAAUGAUAACAUUUGGGAAGGUUUUCUGCACAAAAAGAGAGCCAAAUUGUAAUGUGUGCCCAAUGAGAGGAGAAUGCCGACACUUUGCCAGCGCUUUUGCAAGUGCACGACUUGCUCUUCCAGGACCAGAAGAGGGACGUAUAGUGAGUUCAGCUGCACCUACAACCGCAGAUAAAAACUCUUGUAUAACAUUAAGGCCUUUACCACUACCUCCAUUGGAGGAUAACUUAAACAGAGGAACAGGUUUAAGUAUGGGAUCACGUGAUCCUAUUAUUGAAGAACCAACAACACCAGAACAAUUUACAGAAGUAUCAGAAAGUGAUAUUGAAGAUGCAUUCUACGAGGAUCCCGAUGAAAUCCCUACCAUUGAACUCAAUAUAGAACAAUUCACUACAAAUUUGCAAAGCUUUAUGCAAGAACACAGCAUGGAAAUGCAAAAAGGAGAUAUGUCCAAGGCCCUGGUUGCUUUGAGUCCAGCACUUGCUUCUAUUCCAAUGCCCAAACUGAAGAAUGUGAAUCGAUUACGGACAGAGCACCGAGUGUACGAACUCCAAGAUUCACAUUCUCUUCUGAAAGGGCUGGACCGACGAGAGCUUGAUGAUCCUAGUCCGUACCUUCUUGCUAUAUGGACACCCGGUGAAACCGCAGAUUCAAUUCAACCUCCUGAAAGUAAAUGCAAUUCUCAGGAUUUAGGGGGACUGUGCGAUAAGAAGACGUGCCUUUCAUGCAACAGUGUAAGAGAAACACAAUCACAAACUGUGAGAGGCACACUUCUGAUACCGUGCAGAACAGCAAUGAGAGGUAGCUUCCCACUCAAUGGCACAUACUUCCAAGUCAAUGAGGUAUUCGCUGAUCAUGAAUCCAGUCUUAAUCCUAUUGAUGUUCCAAGAAAUUUGUUAUGGAACCUGCCAAGGCGAACAGUUUUCUUCGGUACCUCUGUCUCGACCAUUUUCAAAGGCUUGUCAGCUGAAGAUAUUCAAUACUGCUUUUGGAAAGGAUUUGUUUGUGUCAGAGGUUUUGACCGGAAAUUGCGGGCACCUAGACCUCUAAUGGCUCGAUUGCAUUUUCCUGCAAGUAAGAUGGCUAAGAAAAAUGAACAUAAGAUAAAAGGAAGAAAUUCUGCUGAGCAAAACCGAAACCAAAAAGGGGAGGGGCCUCCUCAGCGCUGA